UUGCACCGGUUUGCAUAUCAAACAGUAUCAUGAUCGUGGGUGCAUCGCUGGACGAAACCGUUCCGGUACCGUGUCACGUAGCGGCCGACCCACUAGACGUGUCCUUUGAUUGGAACUUUUCCAACAGCGGCGAACGGUUCGAGGUGGCCAGCGGUCAGUUCAAUCUGCUGCAGGAGUUCCACCCGGAGGGCAUCACCCAGUCCCGGUACGACGCGGACGAGGAUAACUCAGAAACGAUCUACGAGCUGCUGUACACGCCGAAAAGUGAGCGUGAGUACGGGACGCUGGCGUGCUGGGCGAAAAAUUCCAUCGGCAAGCAGGUCGAACCGUGCCUGUUUCAAGUAGUACCGGCAGCCAAGCCGGCCCCAUUGCGCAACUGUACCCUGCGGCCCUACUCGACCCUAGUGUCGCCGACGGGUCCACAGCACAGCCAGAAUGCUUCCGCCGCGUCAGCAUCCGCCUACUCGUACACGUACGGCGAUCCGCCGAGCAGCCACCCGGCCGGUCGGCAUCCAGGUCAGCACUAUCGGGACACUAAUUACAUUGUGCCGCAAUUCGUUAAAGAUCGGAACGUGCCACCGGCCGACCAGCGGAAUGUUACAGUGAAAUUUAAUCAGAAAAAUCCCAACCCCGGCGCGACCGGUUCCCGCACCACCGGGCCAUCCACUGCCUCGCUGCGCUCCUCCUCCUCCUCCUCUUCGUCCGCUGCGGUGAAAGCUUCCGGCGCGGUUUCGAACCGUCGAGAUCGGCGUAACCGCACCGGUGGCGGUUUGCCUUCGAUCCGCGACACCGAUACGGCUCGCCUAACCGCGGACGGCGGGGAGGAAAGCAGCGCCGGAACCGGAUCAAAGGAACCGCUUGCCGAUCCACCGCGCCCUCUGCCCGCCCAGCCGCUCGAAAUGGUUCGGCGGCGGGUGAAAGCGGCCACGAGUGAUGAGCAGAACAGCCGCACCGAGCUGCUGAACACGGCGACGGCCGUCCUGCUCGGCGAGGGCGGUUCGGCAGCCGUACUAGCAUCGUCGGCGGUCGGCAACGAUCCGACCGAGCAACAGCGCGGAAGUCGACUGCGCCGGUACACCACCGCCCACCAACGCAACGCCAGCCUACCGGCGACGAACAGCGGAGGCAGCGAAGGCAACAGCAAUCAGCCUUCGCAUCUGCAGCACAGCAGCAGCGACGAUCGAGCCCGGGGUGGAAAUAAUUAUCACACGCCGGGCAAUGCAGCAGCAGCAGCAGCAGCACCGAUUGCAUCGCAAUUAAGAUCGAAAACGAUACGCCACCAAUCGACACUGGCCCCGCCCGCCCCACCAUCGGCCGCCUCCCUCGCCAGCUACGGUGGCGGAUUUUCCGGUGUGAAUGGCGCCACCGGACACGGGCCCACUUCCUACGGAGGCAAUCAUCAUCAGCAUCAUCAGCAUCACUACGUAGGACCGGGGGACGCUAGUGGCGGCGUUGGUGGUGGCGGAGUCGGUGGCAGCCACUCCGCUUCCGUGGGGAACGAGCUGCAGCCCACCAUGAUGGAGCUCGAGUGUGUCGCCGGGUACGAUGGUGGCCUGCCGCAGCACUUUUUUCUCGAGGCGUACGACUCCCGGACGCGCAAAUUGCGCCUAAACAUCACAAGUGCCCUUAACGAUGUGCCGCUCUUCCGGAUCGACCUGACUGAACUAAGUCCCAGCGAAGCCUACACACCGACCCUGCACCUGAUAGCGUACAGCGUGAAUCAGAAAGGUCGUUCCGAGCCGACGAUCCUGGAGGAUAUAGCAAUUAAUGAAGCUGAAAAAAGGACCGAGGGAACGGAAGGUUUAGGGAUACUACCGUUUGCGGCCCUGUUGACCGGUGCCCUCUUCACCAUCGGUAUCGCUGUCCUGCUGGUCGUGGUGCUUGCCAUCCGCCGGAAGCGUGACGGCCACGGCGGUGGUCUGUGUGACGGCAAGGAGAAGCAUAUAGGCAUGGACAUCACGGUAACGACACCGCUCGAGAUGGGCAUGGGACAGCAGAAGUACGUCGUCGCCUACACGCUCAAGCAGGGCGUCGAAAAGCAGCCGGACAUACUGAGCGCCCAAAAGACGGGCUCGGCUAGCGUGCAGUCGAUAAAGGACAUCGGCACGCAAAAGCUGGGCUCCCCGGUGGGCUUGCGGGGUCCCCCGGCCACCGGUACCAUCUACGCGACGGGGGGUGGUGGCUACGAUCAGCAAAAAUCGACCCCUUCCAGCCGGCAGAGCACACUCAAGCGAACGGACGCUUCCGCUAACAGCUACUGUCUGCUUCAGCAGCAACAGCAGCAGCUGAGCAGCACCAGCAAGCAGCCGUACCCGGGCGAGCUGGUCGAGUACGAGAAACCGUACACGAACUACCAGCACACACUGGAGUACAACCACAAUCCGCCACCGCUCGUCGAUCCGUACGCGUACAAAAGCUCCCCGCUGGGCGGUGUGCCCGAGGACCAUCCCCAGCAGCAGCAGCAGCAGCACCACGGUGAGCCGGGCGUUGCGUCAAAUCCUACCGGCUACGAGUAUCGUAGUGGAAGCAGCCGCAGCAACAGCGGCAACCUGAAGCAGGCGGCCACCGGCCUGAACGGGGGCGGAAAUCCGGAGUACCGAUAUUCGGGGUCCGAGUUUGUGACGGAUCUGCUCGACUUCAGCAGUGCCCCGUCGCCCUCGUCCAGCUCGACCGUCGGGGCGACACUAACGAAGACGCGCAACCGUCAGCACAUCAUCACCGACACGCUGCCCGGACCGGAGAGCUGCGUGUAGAGUGACCCACUCGACAACGAACCGCAACCGAGCGAGCGAGCAGCGAGCAGCGAGCCGGCCAGGCUUACGCUAAUCCGGAAGAGUGCUUGCACAAGGGCCGGUCUGCUAAACACGGUCACAGCCGAGCCGGGCCUGCUCGUUAACGGGACAAUAAAAACCCCACGCACGGACGGACGGAUUUCUUUUGGCGCGUUAGAUUAAAACUACUAGCAUGGCGGAUUUUGCGGUGGGACAAAAACACCAACGCCCGCCCGGUGUCGUUCAAGCGGGCAUGGUAUGGUUAAGUGUGGCCACACCAGCAAAGGCAAACACCUUCUUUUUUUAAGGAUGAUGCUGGUAAACAAUCCAAACACAGCCAAUUCCAGCUAAAUACAGCGAUGGGAAGAUGCGACCGCACGGGCAGGAAAACCUCACGCAGGCCGGUUGUACAAAGAACCAUGUAAGCAUGCUUUCCACGAAUACAAUCACACCCGGCACGGCCCACGGCUCUCACUCGAUGGUGCGGCUCAGGUGUAGCGACUUUGUGCAGCGAAGAAUAAAUAGACAGUCUUCCAUUAAGCAAACGAGACAAAACAAAGACAAGAACCCACACACACACACGCAUGGUGAUGGUAGAAGCGGCGUCGCUCUAGAUGAUCUGUGUGCGAAAAAAGAAAAACAAAAAAGGCCCCCGUUUUCCCGGUUAGGACGAACUAUGUUACGUAGGCAAUACAUGUGUUGAACAAAA